AUGCGUUUCUACUUCAUCCUCCUUCUGGUAGGUAGUGUUCUUUGUGCUUUGUUGGCACAUGGCGCUGCUCUUGUGGAGAUUGGAGAGGUAAAAACAUCCUCUGGCUUCGAGUCGCUGGGUCGUUCAUCACCUUUGGCAAAACGCGAAAGCCCAUCGACUCAGGUGGUGACAGAUCAGGAUGCUGAAGAGAGGUCGUCUGUGGUCGCCGAUCUGGUCAGGUUGGUGGGGGUAAAGCUCUCAGACAAAGUUCGAGCUCGCUAUUGGCUCUGGAGGGGGAAAUCCUCAGAGGACGUUUUUAAGCGACUGAAGCUCGAUGGCGGGUUGGAAAAACUUAUGGAGAACCCGAAGUUUUUCUCUUGGAUGACCUACAUUAAUAUGUACAACAAGAAGAACCCUGACAAGAAGAUGGCAAUGACAGACGUUCUUACGAAAACUUAUGGAGACUUAGCACUGUCAAGAAUGCUGGAUUCGGUGUUGAAUGCUCGAAGGUCCAGCCAAAAAAGUAGAAAAUUAAUGAAAGUGGCAGCUACGCUGGCUCUACAGCAGAGACAAGGUUGGGAGAGAACAGGUAAAAGUACGGAUGAAAUAUUUGCCUUCUUAAGCUGA